AUUGCAUUCAAUGCUCUGCAGUUAGCUAGGGCUUGCAGGCCAUGCUGAGUUGUCAUCAGAUAACACUUCAGUAAACAUUAUAAAACAAGGAUCUUCUGGCAGAUAUCAAACCUGAGAGAUAAGAGAGUGACUCAGAGCCAAGGCUAUGAAAUAUAUGCAGAGACCCAGCAGCUAUCCAGGCAGGGUAGCAUCAGUAUAGAUAGAUAUCCUGACAUCCAUUGAAAACAACCUUGCCAGCUGUGUCCCACAGUCCUUCUCUCCUGGGUCCAUUCUUCAAGGGGAGAAUAAAUUGGAUGUUGUCCCAAGCUCUUGGAAGUCCUGGAAGAGGUGGAGUUUUCCUUUGUCACUGAAGGAGGAAUUUGAAAUCCCAGGGCAUCUAACGGAGAAACAGGAAAGCAAGGAUGGAAAUAUUUCACAAACACCAGGGUGAAGGUAAAGUCCGAAUUUCCUAUGAGCUCUCGGAAGGGGAAAAACUAGGCACAAGCAACAGAAAGGUGCAGGUGAAGAAAUGCCUGGAUAGCCUUGGGAUUCCCUGUAAUCUGGAAGAUGUGCCCAAUAUUGCCAUCCUGGGAGCUGGGGGAGGUCUGCGGGCCAUGAUCGCCCUUCAUGGAACCCUGCAGGAGCUACAAAAGCAUGGUCUCCUGGACACCAUCAUGUAUCUGUGUGGGGUCUCAGGUGCAACAUGGUGUAUGUCAUCUCUCUACAACAAUGGGGACUGGGCAGAGAAAUUGCAGGCCUUGGAGAAACACAUGUGUGAUGCACUUACCAAAUCCAUCUGGAACCUCAGAAAGGCAACGGAAAUGCUACUCGAGGCAGCUAAGGAUGAAAACUAUUCCCUGACUGAGUUCUGGGCCUAUACUGUGGUCUAUGGAAUGUUACAUGAGCUGGACAAGGGGCACUUGUCGGAGCAGAGGGGUGCGUCUGAGAAUGGAAAUAAUCCCUACCCCAUCUAUGCAGCUGUGGAUGAGCGAAAUUUCUGCAAAGUAACUGAAUACUCUCCAGAAACCUGGUUCGAGUUCACCCCCCAUGAAGCCAGCUUUCUUGGCUAUGGAGCAAGUGUAUCCAUGGAAUACUUUGGAAGUGAAUACAAGAAUGGGGUGAUAAAGAAGCAGAAAGAAGAGAAAAACAUGAGUUACCUACAAGGUUUGUGGGGAAGUUGCAUUGGCAGCAAAGAAGAAAAUGAAAAAGUCAUAAAAGAUAUGUUCUUUGGUAUCUUUAAGAGAAACAGGGGAUCACAUUCACCAUUCUCGGUGGCUAACGAAAGUGGUUGGGAAGGAACAUUGGAGGGGUUUCCAGCACCCACCCUUGAACCUGAAGCCAGUGAUAUGGAAGGUGCUUUACAGAGUGGGCCAGGAGGACCUUCACCACGUACCUUUUCACCAGGUACUAUGGACAGUUCAAUUACUGGAGAAAUUGUGAGCAGCGUAGGCUCGGCAGUGGAUUUAGCUAGGAUGUUGUCUAAAACCACUUACGAUCUCUUGCACUGGAAAUGGGGAACCAUUAGUAACUUUCUUUACAAAUGCUCUGGUAUUGACACCCCUGAGCUGGUGAACGAGAAAGUCAUCUCCUUGGUUGAUGCUGGCAUAGCCAUAAACUGUGCUUACCCCCUGUUUCUCCGCUCGGACAGGAAAGUGAAACUGAUCCUCUCCUUUGACUAUGGGCCUUUCAAUCCAUUUCAGACACUCAAGCAAGCUGCCAAAUACUGUGAAGAAAACUGCAUCCCGUUUCCUAAGGUGGAUGAGAAAUUGCUCCAAGACCCAGAUAACCCAUCCGACUGCUACAUCUUCAGAGGAGAGGGUGCUCCUACCAUCAUGCAUUUCCCACUUUUCAACAAAGUGAAUUGCCCAGGCUAUGUGAAGGAAUGGGGAAUUAAAUUCACCCCCAUUCGCUUUCUCUACAAUGAGGGACACAUCCACAAACUCCUCCAGUCAGCCAGGCUGAAUGUGUUGAACAACAAAGACAAGAUUCUGCAGGAGAUCAAACACAUUCUGGCUCACUGCAGCAAGAAGGCAAGCUCUUAAGAAGACUUUUUCAUCUAUGCCCUGCAUACGUUAAAGACACCCAGUAGAUUCUGAAAAUGACAGAAUUGUCACCUGGCUGGAAAAUGUCAUUAUUUGGGAUCACAGUGGGGAGAGGAAUCUCAGCUUCUGCUAUGAAAGCAUGAGUAUCUAGCCUGCGAGUUAACCCUGUAACUUGACUGCACAUUAGUUCAGCAAUUCUGAUUCUGUGCAUUAGUCAAAGAAAAAUUCUCUCUUGGUAUAAAUCAUUCUUUGCUUGCUGUUGUGGAUUAUUGCUCAAUCAGUCUCUGCUCUGUGUGAUGCCAGAUGCCUUUGUCUCCUGCCGCACAAUUAAUGUUCAAUCAAUAAAGCCUAUAGCAUCACA